GUCAUAUGUCAAUUUAGCGUUCAAUUGUUUAUGUUUUUAUUCUGUUCGUACUGUUGAUGGGUAAUUUAAUUUUAAUUUAUUUUUUGAGGGUUUUUACUUGAUAAAACUCUGAAAUUUAGUAAAUACAAGACUUAUUAAGCGAUUUAUUUAAUAAUGUUAUAACAUUAGUGUAGUUUUUCAUUUAAUUUUACCGAAUACCUAAUUUGUUCUUGAUGGUGCAAUAAAGCAACGUUUAAAAUGGCUAAAAUGUACGACAGCGAUUUGUACGGAACCAAUUUCUCUAUAGAAUCGAUGAAAAUUAUUGCGGAAAGUAUAGGAAUCGGUAAUUUACAAGAUGAUGCAGCUAAAGAGUUGGCCGAUGACAUCUCCUUUCGACUCAAGCAUAUCAUACAGGACGCCGCGAAGUUUAUGAACCAUGCAAAAAGAAUGAAAUUACUACAGACAGAUGUGGAUUCAGCUCUGAAAGUUAGAAACAUAGAGCCACAGUACGGGUUUCACUCAAUUGAGCCUCUUCCAUUUCGGUUUGCAUCUGGAGGGGGCAGAGAACUCCAUUUUAUCGAAGAGAAAGAAGUGGACCUGGGCGAUAUGUUAUCAAAUGUGAAUCCUAAGGCUCCUUUAGAAACGACCCUCAGGUCACAUUGGUUGUGUAUAGAUGGGGUUCAACCAACUAUACCUGAGAAUCCACCUCCUGUUGCUAAAAGUGUUCAAAAGUUGGAGUCUGUUGAUCCAGUGAAUAAAAAACCAAUGAAAGAGUCAUCAGGCAAACCAAGUACGGGCAAACAAAAGUUGAAGAACGUUGAAACUGUUCAGAUAAAGCAAUUGGCUACUCAUGAAUUGUCAGUGGAGCAACAGCUUUAUUAUAAAGAAAUUACAGAGGCUUGUGUGGGAUCUGAUGAGAUUAGGAGAGGGGAAGCAUUACAAAGCUUGUCAUCGGAUCCAGGCUUGCACGAAAUGUUACCUAGAAUGUGCACGUUUAUUAUUGAAGGUGUUAGAGUGAACGUGGUACAAAACAACUUGGCAUUGCUCAUUUAUUUGAUGCGAAUGGUUAAAGCCCUGUUGGACAACCAGUCUCUAUACCUAGAAAAAUAUUUACAUGAGUUAAUACCAUCAGUGACCACUUGCAUAGUUUCUAAACAACUCUGUAUGAGGCCCGAGCUGGACAAUCACUGGGCUUUGAGGGAUUUUGCAUCCAGAUUGAUGUCACAAAUUUGUAAAAACUUUAAUACAAGCACAAACAAUAUUCAGACCAGGAUAACAAGGAUGUUUACGAACGCUUUGCACCAAUGCGAUAAAAUUCCAUUGUCGUCUUUGUAUGGGGCUUUGCAAGGGUUGUCAGAAUUGGGGACUGAAGUAACAAGAAUUUUUAUUUUGCCCAAAAUCAAAAAUAUAGGUGCCCGAAUUGAGACACACCUGGAAGGAAAUUUGGUGUCGAAUUCGGACAAGAUCGCAUCCGGCCACAUCAAACAAUUGAUAACGAAAAUAACCGCUCCCAUCAUCAAAACUAUCCGCAAUCCUCCCGACAAUAUCGACGAAUACAAACUGGACUACGGGUAUUUGGGCGUGGCAUUACACAAUGCCGUGGGCAAGGCCAGGACGCAGCCCGCCACCGUAACGACAACGUUGCCGUCCACUCUGUCAACCACGUCGAUAACGUCGGUGGGUCAGACGAUCUCCAGAAGCGUCGGGAUAAUUCAGCAGGGUAGUACGCCUAAUAGGACCAUCAUAAUGACACAGCCACAAAGAAUAGUUCAGCAAAGCCCGCAACAAAAAGUUAUACUGAUGCAGCAAAGAAGUCAACCAAACACAUCAGUGGUUCAUACUCCCACCAAUGUUGUCAAGUUGGUGUCAAGUCCGUCCAUGCAGCAAACCAAGCAGAUCGCUACCCAACCAAAACUGGUGGUGGUGUCAAAUCAGGGCGGUUUCCCUUCGCAAAGUGCGGCGCUGCAAACGCAAGCGAAUAUAAUCAAACAGAAUUUCAUCAGUCAGCAGCCACAAAUACAGGAAAUGCAAGUGAAGCAAGAGUCGAUUACCGACCUUUCACAGAUAUAAUAAUAAAAAAAAAUAUUUGUAUAUAGAGAAAGUUAAAUUUUAUUUAGAUGAUAAGUAGUGUUUUUGUAUGGUUUUGCAUGUAAAUUUCGAUCAAUAAAACACAUUAUAUAUUUGUUGAA